UGUUAAUGUUGUUGCGAGUAAGACAACGGAGAUAGGACAGAAGAACAUGGGGGAUCAUGAAAGGAGUUAUUACUAUUGCCUCACAAAAGGUUGAAGAGUUCACUAAAGAAGAAGUAUCAACCUGGAAUCAACAGAAUAAGAGUGAGGGUAACGGUUUCUACCAGAACAAAGGAGCAACUAAUUCAUCAUCAAGUUACCAAAACAAUUACAGUCACUCGAGUUCUUGGAAUGACUGGGGAGAAGAGAGCAAUACUACCAUAAAGGAAGCAGCACCAAAAGUGUCACAAAGUGUUCACCGAAACAAUUAUGGUAAUUCGAGUUCUUGGGACGAUUGUAGAGAAGAGAAGAAUUGUACCAAGAAGGAAGCAGCACCAAAGGUGUCGACUUCUAAGGAUAGUGAUGAUGGUGGUUGGGCUGGUUGGGAUGAUGAUAAAGAUGAUGAUGGUUAUUGUCAGAGUGCUGCAGGUGAUAAGAAAUUUGUAGGUCACAACGGGAAAUAAUCAGACACUGCUUGGACAGGUAGAGGUAUUCUUUAGCGGGGAGCACAAAUCAAGUAUUGAACAUUUUGGUGUCGAUACAAUCGUGUAAUAACACUCUUCUCUCCAUCCACAUGUGAAAUGGUGAAAGAAGUUGUAAAGCCUUUGUGGUCUUCGUGCUCUGUCACAAAGAGAUAGAGAGCAGAGAGUGGCAGGUCUGUUUGUUUGUUUUCACAGUAUCGAUUGUUUGGCGGUCUCAUGAGCUUGCUAAUCUUUUCUAGUUUAUUAGUCUUCAGCUCUUUUUUUUUUU